UUAGAAGGGUAAUGUUGUUUAAGCCUCAGACGGAAACAGGACUGGUACCGAAGGAGCAAAUAUCCAAGUCACUUUGGCACUUCCAUCUUCUGCUUCUUUUUCUGCCCUUGCCACUACAGCCUGGCGUUCUACCUCCUGUUUUGCUGGGAUCUUCAUAUAUUAUUUAUAAACAGACUAUCGGAUCACUUUGCUGCCUCUGGCAGAGUGAAAGCUCUACUGGAAUCGCUCACAGUAAGUUAUAUGACUCCCACCUUUACUAAAACCACCCAGUGUACAAUUCUUUAAAGCCGUAAGUGGACAAGGCACAGCUUUGUGUAGAUAUGGAAUAGAGAUUGUAAAGUUGGGAAGAGAUCAUCGCUUCAGGGCAAGCAUUCCUGACGAGUAUUAGAGAUUGGUUUGGCAAUGAUAUUGAUCAGAACUGCUAAGGAACCUUCUGAGAUUGGUUUUUAUUAGUUAAUCUCCUAUUCUUUAGUGGUAUAGACAACUGGAAAUUUGAUAAAUGCUGCACACAGAUCAAACGUUACAGAAUGCCAAUACAGAUCUUUUGCACAUUGUCUUUUUCCACGGAAAGGGAGCCUAGAAAUAGGAACAUCUGUGGAAUCAAUUCCGAAGAGAUUGAGCUGGUGGAGAAGGACUAUUUUAUUGCCACAGAGCCUGCUGCCUUUGCCAGCAACUGCACUCUUCAUGGACUAAACCACAUAGUCACAGAGGGAGCAUGGGGACCACGCCGCGUGAUCUGGACUGUAUCAUUUUUACUUUCUCUCUCUUUGUUCCUUUCCCAGGUGUGGGAAAGGGUUGCUUAUUACAAAACAUAUCCCCGACUUACUGCUAUUGAUGAGAUGGUUGCAAAAAGAAUGUUUUUUCCAGCAGUAACAUUUUGUAACUGCAAUCGCUUUCGACCCUCUCAACUUUCCGCUGAUGAGCUGCUUUACCUGGCUCCUCUUAUAGGUGCCCCAGAGGAUGGAGAAGCAACAUUUACUCAGACUCCAAGUGACUCCAAGUAUGACUUGUAUGAGAUCACAGACCGCACUUCCCAUCAGCUUAGUGACAUGAUGCUGGAGUGUCGGUACCAAGGAGCGGAAUGUGAUGCUGAUGACUUUAUUCCGGUAAGAGAGAUUUGGGCUUUGAAAGCCCUCUAUAAAAUACAAAAUACAUCUCUAUAAAA